AUGGUGUUCCUAGGCAUAUACCGCGCCAUAUACGACUAUGAGCCCCAGAGCAGCAAUGAGAUCGCCCUUGACGAGGGCGACAUCCUGAUGGUGCUGGAGAAGUCGACGAUUGACGCCUGGUGGAAAGCAAAGAAGAAGGGACGCGAUGGAGACGACGAGGAGCCUGAGGGCUUGAUUCCGAACAAUUACAUUGAAGAGGCCGCACCCAUCGCCCAAGCCAAAGCCCUGUUCGAUUACGACCGCCAGACAGACGAAGAGCUCUCCUUCAAAGAAGAUGCUAUUUUAGACGUUUACGAUACCACGGACCCCGACUGGACGCUGGUGGGAGUGGAAAAAGACUAUGGCUUUGCACCAGCGAAUUACAUCGAGCUUAUUCAAGAUGACGCGGCAGCAGCAGCAGCAGCUGUGGCAUCUCCAGCGUUGCCUAGUCGCCCGCCAAUGCCAGCAGCGAGGGACUCUUUUGAUGACGACCAACCGCCUACUCCAGACACUCCCCCAACGCAGAGUCCCGCUGCUGCUCUGGCUGGCAUCAUACAGAAAAAGUCGCAAGAGGCAGCACCGCGAUCAACCAUCUCUCCACCGCCCAAUGUAACCGCGCCUCCGAAACAACAACGACGUGUACAGUUCACCCCAGAAGAGUCGGACGAAGAAGCGCCACCGCCUCGUCUUCCCACACGGCCCGAAUCCGAAGUAUACUCACCUCCACCAACUCAAUACGCACAUACGCGGUCCCCAUCACCUCCAGUUAGAUCGCCCCCUCCCCGAAGCGUUACAUUCGACCAGUAUGACCCUCCGAGUAGGGAUGAGCAGCCCGCGACGCCCGUGUCCGGCUCUGGAUACCAUCUGUACAACAUCUACGAGUACAUCACACAGCCGGGCAAGAAUAAGAAAAUGCCAAUCACACUGGGCGUCAACAUUCCGAAAGGAAUGAUUAUGAUUGCACCUGAGAAGUCGCGCGACGGACCACAGCAGGAAUGGAGCGCAGAAAAGAUGGAGUACUACUCGCAAGAAGGCAAACACAUAUUCAUGGAGUUGAAACAGCCAAGCAAGAGUGUUGACUUCCACUGCGGUGCCAAAGACACCGCAUCGGAGAUCAUGUUGGCUCUUGGUGAGCUUGCAGGAGCCGCUAAGAGUGCAGGACUGCGCGAAGUACUCGCUGCUGGUUCGGGAAGUUCGAAUGUGCAAAAGAAGGGCGUCAUGCUAUUCGACUUCAUGGCACAAGGCGAUGACGAGGUUACCGUAGGUCUCGGCGACGAGAUCUUGGUCCUCGACGAUUCUGCCAGUGACGAAUGGUGGAAAGUCAGGCGGCUGAAGAAUGGCAAAGAGGGUGUCGUACCAGCUAACUACGUUGAAAUCACAGAAACUGCCCCCAUACAUGCUCCUGCAGCCGCCAUCGCUCGAUCGGGAACCAACGCGGGUCGAUCCAUUGUCGAACAGAACAGACGGGAGGAAGAGGAGCUUGCUCGCCAGGCCUCAAGAAAGAAGAGGCCAGAAAGUGAGGCAAGGAACGAUCAGGUAGGCCCUGGCCUGCACUUGCCUUCGCGUAACUCUAGUCUUAUGCAAACAAAUGUUGACCAUCGUCGUACUUCACAGAGAUCAUCAAGCAAGCGCGAAAGCUCCGCAAAAGACUCGAGUUCAAAGUCCUCGUCUAAGCCAAGUCAGUAUACAGCACUUUCACUACUUGAGUUUCUUGAUCUGUCUCCUGUAAAGGGGUCCGCGCCUUCGGUGGACGCUGGACAUUUACCUAAUUCCGCCAAAGUACGCACUUGGACAGACCGCUCCGGAUCAUUCAAGGUUGAAGCAGAGUUUAUCCUCAUCAAGGAUGGCAAGAUUCAUUUACACAAAGUUAAUGGAGUCAAGAUCGCCGUACCUGUCACAAAGAUGUCCGUAGAGGACCUCGAAUACGUGGAACGCGUCACAGGAGAGUCUCUGGAUGACGACAAGCCUUUGUCGGAUUUGAAGAGAAAGAGCAUGCAACAGCCCCGCGGGAAGGAUUCGGGUUCAACUGGUAUCUCUGUCGAGAGGAAGCCAGAGUACGAUUGGUUCGACUUCUUCCUGAAGUGUGGUGUGAACCCGCAGAUUUGCGAACGCUACGCUAGGGCGUUUACCAAGGAUGAAAUGACGGAAGAAAACAUACCAGAUAUUACCCCUGGGCUUCUACGCACGUUGGGUCUCAAGGAAGGUGACAUUCUACGUGUGACCAAGCACUUGGACGCACAGCUCGGAAGGGACAAGCGGAACGCUGAAGACGGAGGAGAGGGAGCUUCUGGUGGGUUGUUCUCCGGCCCAGGGGGUGCACUGAGAAACAACACUCGCAAAGGACGUCCUGCACCACCUGUUGAAACGAACGAUGUCGUUGAUCCCAAGGCGUUUGAACCAAAAUCCGAUGACACCGUCAAGAAGCCCGUAGAUGGUACUCCGACACCGCUAGCAUCCGCACCCACCCCUGACAAGACCACAAACGGAUUUGAUGACAAUGCGUGGGAUGUAAAGCCAUCCAAGACCGCGUCCACAUCUGCGCCAGCAGCUUCCUCACCUCCGGCACAAGCACCUGCAGCGAAACCACCACAGCUGACUGGAUCCAUGAACGACCUAUCCCUCCUAGAUAUGCCUGCGCUCAAGCCUGAUGAGAUUGCUCAGCCAACACCUCCUGCUCCUGCACCGCAGCCGGCGCAAGCACCUACUCAACAACCUCCCGCUCCCGCUCAGCAGCCACAACCGACGGGCGCUACUCCUACCUUGUUCGAACAGGUUGCGGCCAUCAAGGCUCUUACCCAACCUCAAAACAUGGCUCCGCCACGCAUGCGACCACAAGCUCCUCAGCAGCAAAACACUGGUGGUCUCAUCGCUCCACCACCACAGCGGUCUUCCUCUGCCCCUAUGAACCCGCAACAGAGUGCUUUUGGUCCUCCUCCACCUCUACAACCUCAGCUCACAGGCUACAACCCCAACAUGAUGGGCCAGAACUCAGGACAAGGACAAGGCAUGCAGGGUAUGCCACCGAUGCAACAGCAAAUGACAGGCUUCCCACAGCAGAAUGGCGGUUUUGGAUUCCAGCAGAACGGCAUGAUGCCGCAACCCACAGGCUACAACCCCAUGUCUCCACCCCAGCAACAGCCUAUGCAGACUGGGUUUGCGCAAUACCAGCAGCAGCAGCCAACCGGCUUCCAGCAGCCCAUGCAGACUGGCUUCCAACAACAGCCCCACUUCACCCAAGGCUUCGGGAAUGGCAGUCCCUUUGCCGACCCACCACGCGCACCAUUCCAGCCACUCCAGGCUCAGCCCACGGGUUACAACUCGUUCCAACCAUCCCCACUUAACCCGCAGGCGACUGGCGUCAACCGCUUCCUGCCCCCGGCCCUUGCGCCACAACCGACUGGUUACCAAAGCGCUCCGCCUAUCCCUCCCAUGCCGCCAAUGCCUUCGAUGCCUACGGCACAGCCUUUGGUGCCACAGAAGACGGGUCCACCUCCAAGCAUCAAGUUUGGUGUACAGCCUGCGAAGAAGCUUACACCCCAGCCGACGGGGAGGGCGAACCUUGCCAAUGCUACGCCCCAAAACCCAUUCGGCUUCUAA